CGGUCCAAUAUUAAGGUUUGAGAUUUGACAGGUGGUUUGCAUCAAUUUCGUGUCUAUAUAGUGCUCAAAAAAUCUUUAUUGUUCCAAUAAAUUAUUUAAUUUUUUAUUUAACUGUGAAUCGGCAGUAUAGUAAAAGCAGACUUAAAACAUGGUCGCGAGAGUCGCUGGCGUUUUUGAUGAAAAGCUUACUGAAGCCAUUGCUAAUUCUAAAGUAUUAGUUGUUGGUGCCGGCGGUAUUGGUUGUGAGAUAUUAAAGAAUCUUGUUCUGACUGGCUUUCCUAACAUUGAGAUUAUUGACCUUGAUACUAUCGACGUGAGCAAUUUAAAUCGUCAGUUUCUUUUCCACAAGGAACAUGUUGGUAAAUCAAAGGCGCAAGUCGCUAAAGAUAGCGCCCUCAGUUUUAAUCCUAAUGUGAAUAUUGUAGCUCAUCAUGAUAGUGUGAUUAGCAAUGAUUAUGGUGUGAGUUACUUCAAACAAUUCAACAUUGUAAUGAAUGCCCUCGACAACAGAGUUGCUCGUAAUCAUGUUAACAGAAUGUGCUUAGCAGCUGAUGUCCCAUUGGUAGAGACUGGUACCGCUGGUUAUGCAGGACAGGUUGAGCUGAUCAAAAAGGGGCUUACACAGUGCUAUGAGUGCCUUCCAAAAGCUCCACAAAAGAGUUUCCCAGGCUGUACUAUUCGUAAUACACCAUCAGAGCCCAUUCACUGUAUUGUAUGGGCAAAGCAUCUUUUUAACCAGCUGUUUGGUGAAGAAGAUCCUGAUCAAAAUGUCAGCCCUGAUACUGCAGAUCCUGAGGCAGCAGGUGAUGCUGGUGCCUCUGCAUUAAAUGCUAAAGAGUCUGAAUCAGGCAAUGUUGAUAGAAAAAGUACUAGAAUGUGGGCAGCUGAAACCAAUUAUGAUCCAGAAAAACUAUUUUCAAAGCUUUUUGGUGAUGAUAUUCGUUAUUUGCUAUCUAUGGAAAACCUUUGGAAAAAAAGACGACCACCUACACCCCUGGUAUGGGACAAUCUACCUGGGAAAGAUGAUUCACCAGCAAAGCAUUCUGGAUUGCCUGACCAAAGGGUGUGGUCAGUUUCUGAAUGUGCACAAAUUUUUGCAACCAGUUGCAAAGCAUUGGAAGCAGACUUGAAGAGCCGCCCUGAAGGUGACCAUCUAGUGUGGGAUAAAGACGAGAAAAGUGCUAUGGACUUUGUUACAGCAUGUGCAAAUGUCCGUGCCCACAUAUUCAAUAUUCCAUUGAAAUCGCGCUUUGAGAUUAAAUCAAUGGCUGGAAACAUAAUACCAGCAAUAGCUACAGCCAACGCGAUAGUAGCAGGACUGGCCGUUUUGCGUGCACAGAACAUACUUAAAGGAAAUAUAGAAGUCUGUACCAGUGUCUACCUAAGGCCAAAAGUAAAUCAUCGUGGACAAUUGUUUGUGCCAGAGAAAACUCUUACAACACCAAAUCCUAAAUGUUUUGUUUGUGCACCAAAAGCAGAGGUUGCAUUGGCUUGUAAUCUCAAACAAUUGACACUUAAAGAUUUAAACACAGCUCUUAAAGAAGGCCUAAAUAUGCAAGCACCAGAUGCAGCAGUGGAAGGCAAAGGGCUGGUUGUGCUAUCAUCAGAGCCAGGAGAAACGGACCACAACAAUCAUAAGACAUUAGAACAAAUUGGGCUAAAUGAUGGUUGUGCAUUGCUUGUUGAUGACUUCCUUCAGAACUUUGAAGUCAGGGUUCGUUUACAACAAGAAGACGAUGAGAAAUCAUGGCGUUUGGUCACCGAUAUGGAUGCUCCAAUGCCAGAACCAAAAGAAGAUAAACCAACAAAUGGGGCAAAUGGCUCUGAACCAAAGCCAGGUCCUUCUAGACCCAAAGAUGACAGUGAUAGUGAUAUGGAGAUUAUUGAAGAGGAUGAAGGAGUGGAAACCACGAAACCGCCAAAACGCAGGCGAGUUGAGAUGUCGGAUGAGGUUGUUGAACUGUGUUAGCUGUAUGUAAGAAAUAAAUUCUCUAACAUACAACUAAACUUGAAAGGGUUUUUAUUCUUUGUGUUGCUGACAUGUUCUUUAAACCUGAACAACUUGUGGCUUUUCUAUGGAUUUAGAUGGCUAUUAGACAGUUCUUUACUUUACCAUUGUUUUAUAACUAGUUAUCAAACUUUGUGGAGAUGUUAAAAUUUGUUAUAGAUGAAACAAAUGCCUAACUUCAUUAAUACAAAAUCUCUUUACAGCAAAAUGAAAAAAAAUAUUCUUAAAAAUUUGAUGAUUAUAUUUAAAGUACCAUAAUAAAUAUAUUUCAAAAUAUUUGAUAUCAAUAGAAAUAGUAGGUUUUUACCUAGAUUAUACAUAAUAUAUGACUUACAUGUUACAUUUUCUAAAUAUAAAAAUUGUAUUUUGUAAUCCAACUUCUAUGUUAAACAUUUUUGAAGUAAAUAUUUUCUUACAAAUAAGCCC